AUGGCCACUGCCCAAAAAGAGGCAGAAAAUGCUAUUGGCUUGGAGGAAAUCCAUGAAGAGAGAAAAGAACCACCAAAAGUGCAAAAGACAUUUACAGUGGAAGAAGCUGUGGAAACCAUUGGGUUUGGGAGGUUCCAUAUCAUGCUUUUCUUCAUCAUGGGCAGCACUGGGGUGGCUGAAGCCAUGGAGAUCAUGCUGAUAGCUGUUGUGUCCCCUCUCAUCCGAUGUGAGUGGCAGCUCCAAGACUGGCAGGUGGCUUUAGUGACAACAAUGGUGUUUUUUGGCUACAUGGUGUUCAGCAUAGUGCUCGGGCUGCUGGCAGACAGGUACGGGCGCUGGAAGAUACUGCUGCUCUCCUUCCUCUGGGCAGCCUAUUUCUCCCUGCUGACCUCUUUUGCCCCGUCCUACGUCUGGUUUGUGUUCCUGCGGGCCAUGGUAGGAGGUGGCGUGUCAGGCCACGCGCAAGGACUUAUCAUAAAAACUGAAUUUUUGCCCACCAAAUACCGGGGAUACAUGUUGCCCUUAUCCCAGGUGUUUUGGUUGGCAGGAUCCUUGCUGAUCAUUGGCCUGGCAUCAGUGGUGAACCCAACCAUUGGCUGGCGGUGGUUGAUCAGAAUUGCCUCCAUCCCUGGCAUUCUUCUCAUUCUGGUGUUCAAGUUCAUCCCAGAGUCGGCGCGGUACAACGUGUCCACGGGCAGCACGGGGGCUGCGCUGGCCACGCUGCAGAGGAUAGCCAGGAUGAACGGGGCAGCCCUGCCCGAGGGGCAGCUGAGGGAGCCUGCCAAGGAAAGAAGGGGAAGAUUCAAGGACCUCAUCCACCCCAAAUACCUCAGAACUACUUUGCAGAUAUGGAUCAUAUGGCUUGGCAUAGCUUUCGCCUACUACGGAGUCAUCUUGGCCAGUGCUGAGUUGCUGGAGCGGGACCUUGUCUGUGGCUCUGCAGCCCCACCACUGCAGAACUCCAGCGAUGACUCUGAGGAGAGCCACAGCCCCUGCCACUGCCACUUGUUUGGGCCUGCUGCCUACCAGACCAUGAUCAUCAGCACAGCUGGGGAGAUCGCACUAAAUCCUGUGAACAUUCUCAGCAUCAAUCUCCUCGGAAGACGUGUAAGCCUGUGUAUCACCAUGGGAUGUACAGCUCUAUUCUUCCUUCUCCUUAAUAUCUGCACCUCGAGUGCAGGCAUGGUUGGCUUUCUCUUCAUGCUGCGUGCCUUGGUUUCAGCCAACUUCAACACCAUCUACAUUUACACGGCAGAGGUUUAUCCCACCACAAUGCGAGCACUGGGGAUGGGCACAAGUGGGUCAUUGUGCCGUGUGGGAGCAAUGGUGGCUCCAUUUAUAUCACAAGUUCUUAUGAGUGCUUCUUUCGUGGGGGCCCUGUGUCUCUUCUCCUCUGUGUGCAUCAUCUGUGCCAUCUCUGCAGUCACACUGCCCAUUGAGACCAAGGGCAGGGCCCUGCAGGUGGGUACCACCACUCCAGGAGCUCCUGUGGAUCUAAAGGCUGUUAGGGACUGGUAG